CAUCUGCAACAUCAUUGGAUACUAGUUUUCACGUUCAAGGAAACAGGGUGAUUUAGGGGUGUGCAUGCAUAGGAUAGUCGGUUUUUUACAGAAGCAUCGGUCUUUGAACAGAAAACAAUCAGCCCGGACCGAUGGAGAUCAGACCGUUGCUGAUGUGUUUUGCCCUUUGUGUGGUCUACGCCACCAGCAAACCAACGGAGAAGAAGGAGCGUGUCCAUCAUGAUCCAGUGCUUAGCAGUAAGGAGCAUGAUGAUGGAGAGAAUUUUGAUUAUGACCAUGAUGCCUUUCUGGGAGAGGCUGAUGCUAAGACGUUUGAUGACCUCACUCCUGAGGAGAGCAAAGACAGGCUAGGUAAAAUUGUGGACAAAAUUGAUGCCGAUCAGGAUGGCUUUGUAACAGAAGCAGAGCUCAAAGCCUGGAUCAAGAAAGCUCAGAAAAAGUACAUUUAUGACAAUGUGGACCGGCAAUGGAAAGACUUUGAUAUGAACAAUGAUGGCAUGAUCUCCUGGGAUGAGUAUAAGAACGUCACUUAUGGUACUUACCUUGAGGAUCCAGAGCCUGACGAUGGUUAUAACUAUAAGCAAAUGAUGGCCAGGGAUGAGAGGCGCUUUCAAAUGGCUGACAAGAAUGGAGAUCAUAUUGCAGAUAAGGAAGAGUUCACAGCCUUCCUCCACCCAGAGGAAUAUGACCAUAUGAAGGAGAUUGUGGUGUUGGAAACAGUGGAAGACAUUGACAAAAAUGGGGAUGGAUUCAUUGAUUUGGAGGAGUAUAUUGGUGACAUGUACAAUCAUGAGGAUGAGCAGAAUGAGCCAGAAUGGGUGGCCACAGAGCGUGAGCAGUUUUCAGAAUUCAGGGACAAAAACAAGGAUGGAAAGAUGGAUAAGGAGGAGACUAUGGAUUGGAUUCUUCCAGCUGACUAUGACCACGCUGAGGCAGAAGCUAAACACCUGGUAUAUGAAUCUGACUCCGACAAGGAUGGAAAACUUACCAAAGAGGAAAUCCUAAACAAGUAUGACUUGUUUGUUGGAAGUCAAGCUACAGACUUUGGGGAAGCAUUAGUAAGGCAUGAUGAGUUUUAAUUUUUUGUUUUCUGUUUCUGUUUUGUGGAUUUAAAGCUUUUUAAAGUCAUUUUGUUACUGAACAUAAUUUAUUUUAUAUGAGAUCCUGUUACAACACUUAAAAAUUUGAUGUUGAUUGUGAUUCUUUUUUAUUAUAUUAUUCAUGUAUGAACGUACCAUCAUUUUGGUUUGUGAUAUUGUAACUUUUUUUUCUGUGAAGUCAUUGACAUUGAUUUACUACUACAGGCAGUGUUGCAAAACUUUAAAUUAAGCAUUCAUUUGAAUUUGUUAUGCAGAGCUUAAAGACAGUUUGUCAUGCUGCAACUCAGAAACCCUAUUUGUGUUGUAGAAUUAUCUUUUCACAUCUUCAUUAUCUUUUAGUACUGUUGAUAUCUUUUUUGUGAACAACAAUAACUCAAUUUCAUCUGACCAGUUCUCGGCUGAAGUCACCACUACAGUGUAGGUAUAUGUACAGUAGUAAUGAAACCACUACACUUGAGUUUACUUAGACUUGCAAUAUGUACAUGAUUGUAUGAAACAUGAAAACAGCAAGGACUACAUUGAAUACUUUGCCAGAAUCAUUGCCUGAACUGUCUGUGUAAAUGUGCUCCUCAGUUAAUUAGUCAAAGCAUUUUGGUACGGAGAACACAGUUUUCAAUAAAACAACCUGAAACAG